UAGCGAGAAGCAGCAGUGCAGUAGAUUUGUCGUCGGUUGGUGGACGUACAAUCGAAGUUCUCCAUCUCCCAUCUCAACAACACUUUGUUCAGUGUCUGUGAACCGACAAGUCAAACACACACAAAAAAGGGAGCAAAGUAAAUUUUUUGUUUUCACCGAAAAAAGAAAAGAAGAAAGGAAAUCUGAGUAGUGGAUUAUGUUUAGUGGUGAUUGCAACAAGUGAAACAUUUCUCAAAUCAACGAUUGUCAAUCGCCAUUUUUUUCCCCCCCAAAGAAAAGAUGGAUCAUCGUCAUUAUUCACCUGCCGGAUUAAGCGAGUCGGAAUUAGACGAAAGCUCGUCAACGGCCAGCUCACCGAUGAGCAUUUCGAGUGUGGAAGCCAGUUCACCGUACGACAGCAGCCGAUUGAACGGCGGCGACGAAGAUCCAACGGAUAGUUCGUUCUCGACAUCGGUCAAUUCAGAGAGCACCAUCAUCAGCUCACCGCCUCCUAGUCCGUCAGAGAGCAUCUGCAACAACAACUACCCGAGCCAGUGGUCCAACAACCCGUAUUGCAAUGCGACCAAAAGUGUCCGGUGGUUCCGUGACGAUCGCGGCCUUUGGAGCGAACGAUCAUCGUCCAAUCGACGUAACACGAACAGUCCCUACAAUCGGAAUACACUGUCCAGUGGUGGUGCUACGACCAGACUCAACAAUGCCAGCAAUCACAAAGAAAUGAGCGAAGUGCUGAUCGAAGCCGUUCAACGUGAAGAUCAGGUGCAACUGCGCCAUUUGUUGGCCAAGAGCGCCACCCACGUCAACAUUUUAGGACAGGAAGGCGAUUCGGCACUGCAUCGAUCAUGUCGGCAAGGAAACCUGGACACAGUCAAAUUACUCGUUCGUUACGGAGCUGAUCCGGAAUUAGCCAACCGCGAGGGUUGGAGUCCACUGCAUUUGGCCGCACAUAGCGGAUACCACGAUGUUGCCCUUUAUCUUUUGUCUCUUACCCGGCGGUAAUCACCUCUGCCUCCCUUUUAUUUUUUUUUCUUCAAAAACUGGAUUCUUCCGCUUGCAUUUUUUGCUUUUGAUCCCGAAUGUCACAAAGUCAAGUAUAGUUGCAAGACAUUCGAUAAAGAAAAACAAAUUGGAUCAAAAAUCGUUGGAAUCCCCGAGUCACUGUGAUUGGCGAAGUGCGGAAAUGCCUCGAGCCCUUUUUUUUUUUUAAAUAUACUCUUCCGAUUAUAAAAGGGAUUGGUGACAAACUAAAACAAAUUUUUUUUUUUGUUGUUGUACAUCAGUGGAAGAACUACCGAGUCUAUUACUUGGUAAUUAGAUUCAAUUAAAAGUCGUGUAUCAUAGGGAAUAACCACAAUGCAGCAAAAAGCCUUCGGAUUCGAAUAGAAUCAACCAUAUAAAAAUAAAAAAAAUUCCCCCUUUGUUCUUGUAAAAUACGAGUCUUUUCAUAUCUGGAAAUUCCUGCUUUUUUUUCCUUUUCAAACUAAAAAAAAAAAAAAACACAGAAAAAAAAAAUUGUUUAAUGUUUUUGUUUUAUGUAAUGACGUCCUCCCUUUUUUUUUCAUUAUUUGUGUGUUGUUGCUCUGUACAGUACCACCUUCUUACACAUGUGAUUGUGUGGCUGAAAAUAAAGGCUCAUGCAAAUUA